AGUGAAUCAACACUCAGUUUCGUGACCUGAUUUGGAAUGGGCGGAAGACUAAAUUAAAAUUAGAAUAUUUACAACGCCAGAAGAAGGAGGGAGGGCUGGUACUAUCCAAUCCAUGGAUAUUCCCACUGUUUGCUGUCACUUCUUAAAUUGUAUAUAAGGAGACAUCACCAAGAGGUUUGCACAGGAGAAUUCUCAGUGAAUUGUCUCACGAUGCUCAGGCUUCUCUUACUUGCUGCUCUUGCAAUCUGCGGACAAUGUCAAGAUGAUGACAUCCGCUAUUUGGAAGACAAUGAAAAUGGACGUGUGGUAGGAGGAUCUAAUGCAGCAAAGAACGCCUGGCCCUGGCAGGUAUCUCUCCAGUAUCUGUCUGGCAGCAGCUGGUACCACACUUGUGGAGCCUCCCUCAUCCGCGCUAACCGUGUGUUGACUGCUGCUCAUUGUGUGGACAGAAACGUUUCCUUCCGUGUGGCCCUUGGUGACCACAAUCUUAGUACCAAUGAAGGCACCGAACAGUACAUUUCUGUCUCUUCCAUCAGAAAACACGCUAGCUGGAACACCAACAACGUUGCUGCUGGAUAUGAUAUUGCUAUCCUGUGGCUGGCCUCCAGUGCUACCCUGAACACUUCCGUGAAACUAGCUACACUGCCAGCAAGUGGAGCUACCCUGGCCAAUAACUACAACUGUGUUGUUACUGGAUGGGGAAGACUCAGCACCGGUGGAUCUCUUGCCACUGUUCUCCAGCAAGCCACUCUGCCUGUAGUUGCCCACGCAACCUGCUCUCUCAGCUCCUGGUGGGGCAGCACUGUCAAGACCACCAUGAUCUGCGCUGGUGGAGAUGGAGUCAAGUCUUCCUGCAAUGGAGAUUCUGGUGGACCUCUGAACUGCGCAGUCAAUGGUGUGUAUCAGGUCCAUGGUAUUGUCAGCUUUGGAUCUUCUCUGGGAUGCAACUACUACCAGAAACCAUCCGUGUUUACCAAAGUCUCUUCUUACACCUCUUGGAUCAGCAGCAACAUCUAAAUGGAUCACUCCUCUUUCUCUAGAGGGAAACCUGAUAACAGAUACAAAACACAACCUAUAUGCAUUGUUUUAACUUACUAAAAACUUUCUAAUAAAGAACUCACCUCCAGUAAAUGUGUCAGCCUUUUUUCUAUAUGUGAUACAUCAGAUUCUACAUCGACACUUGGUAUUGAAGAAUUGCUUCAAUAAGAUCAUUAUAUUGUUGGCCUCGGGCUAAAAGCUUCCUGAUACCAGUCCCUGUUAUCUUCAUUUUUUGGCUUUAGGCCCAGGUCAUAUGUAGUAUGUUACCCCAUUCAUUGGUGUUCACUGGUUUUGUUGU